ACAUCAUGGCGGCCCAACCCCUUCCCCCUGGAUGGGAGGCCAAAUAUGACGCCGGGACAGGACGAUACUUUUUCAUCGACCAUAUCAACAAGAAGACAAGCUGGACUGACCCACGCAUCACCAUGCAGGUGCCGCAGCCGCAGCCAGCUGCACAGAGGUCACCUGCCAGGAGCCCUCGCCAAGAAACCAUCCAGAUGACUCCUGUUGCUAAACCCAAGUGUAAGACCUGCAAUGUCAUGGAGGUAAGUCUUUCAGGGUGGGAAUGCUGGAGCUGCCAGCAGAAUAGGCGUUCACAACAACAACAACAACAACAACAACAACAACAACAACAACAGGCAAGAGAACAGGAACAGGAUACAUCAUUUACCAUUGACACUGCUGCCUGAACCGGACUGUGUCAUGCCUACCCUGCUGCCAAGAGAGAUAUAGUCAGUACAACACUGGAGCUUCUGAUGAACGAUGAGCGAGAGACUGCAGAAACACUGGAGCAGAUGGGGUACCAGAAGCGAGGCACCACACCUAAGGCUUCACCUACAAAGACUACCCCCAAGAAGCCUUCUCCUAAGAAGACAACUGCGGCACCACAACCUGCACAGCCUCCACAACUUAGCAAGGCGCAGAAAAAUAGAGUGAGGUCAGAGGUGAAGGCCAUGUAUCCCAACAUGCCACACACUGUGGUUCAGAUGGCACUGGAGUCAGCUGACUAUAACAAAGAGAAAGUUGUCCAGCUGCUGAAGUUCAUGCAGGAAGACCAACAACCCUCUACUUCUAGUUCCAGACCUUCACAUGUCACAGAGCCAACAGCAGUCCCCGCCCGGACCACCUCCCCUGCCAGGUUUGACAGCAGCAGUGGCUCCCAGCCUGUGGAGUUCUCCAGCUCACUGCGAGCCCCUGUGUUUGGGGAGGACUCCACCAGUCAUCGGGCCCAGCCUGCCAGGUUUCCCGAGUCUGCUGUGUCCAAGAAAGUGGAACAACGUAAAAUCAAGACUAUGGUUGGCGGUUCCAGUUCCAGCUCUGUGCAGUCCAGAAUUAAAGGUUCUUCAAAGCCAACAACUCGUGCCACCACCACAGCUAGGACUGCACCCAGAAGUGCAGGUUAUUCCUCCCCCCUACGGAGCAAGCCAAAUGGUCCGGACCAUCCCCUGCUUAGUGGACCUAACCGGGAACUACUCAUGACGGAGUAUGUAGAGCAGUGUGGCCCCAACCCUGAGUAUGUGCAGGGGCCAGCCUUGAGAGAGGGGGCCAAACCACACCUUGCCAGGGGACCAAACCCCGAGCUGAUCCAAGGCCCCGGCCAUUUCAACUGAAUCUCACUGCCCUGUGUGAAGAGAAGAACAUCAAGAACCCUAAGUCAGUUAUGUACAUUUUGAACAAAACAAACAUAUUGUUGUUAUUGACGUGUAUUCAAGGUAUGUAUAUUUAUCUUCUCAGGACAUUUCUUUCUGGACCCACCUCUUGUGUGACUUUUUUUUUCAUGCACUAAGACUUGGUCUUUGCCAGAUAGCUACAUGUAUGAUUUACUGAUAUGUAUAUGUAGCCAAGACUAGACACGUAACUAGUAUAUGUAUACCAAUAUAACCCAUAGCUAGGAACUGCAUAAUUAACAACAAUAUGUAACAUCAACAUCAACAUUAUGAUGUAUACAAUUGUCAUGUGAUCAAGGUUGUCUUUCAGACAACCAAGUUGUGUAUCUUGUGGAGCAGAAUGUACAGGAAGUUGAAAGCUGGAAUAUUUGCACAUGGUUAAAAGUGUAGUCACGUGGCCUGUUGUUCUAUAACACAGUAUCUAUCUAGGUAGGUACAUGUUACUUGCCAACUUUACAUGAACACAAAUUUGUAUUUGCUUUAAUGAAUGUAUUCAAGGUUAUGUAUAUUUAUGUCCUACUUUUGUGAGGAGAGUUACUAAGCUGCAGAAAAUGAGCUUGUGUUCCUAACUUCUUGGAAAGUCAAGAAAGAGAUGAAGAUAGAAAGAGAAAUGGUGAGGACACAAUAAGAUAACAUGAUAAAGUUGUUAGAAUUUUAGUGACAGAGCCCUUAUACAAAAUGCUCUAAAUCCAGUUCAGUGGGAAAGAACACUUUUUAUCCCCAGAAAGUGUGAGCACAGUUGGAUGCAAGAAACCUGGCUCCUUCCGCAUUCUAUAUAUGCUUUUAAAAAAUGUGACCAAAACGAAUGAUGAUUGGUAGAGUUUGUAUUGAAAGUACUGGUACUGUAAACUGAGAGAUGCCAUUCCAGAUGGCACGGCUGUGCAUGAUGUGAUACUGUAGUGUGUAAGUAAGGAUCUCAAUGAGUGCAGAUAACUGAGAAGAGAGGAGUCAUCAGAACACAAUAAUGGUAAGAACACAGUUUGUGCAUGGUUACAAUGCAUCUCCUUGCAAGUAAUGGUUCAUUUUGUAAUCAGAUGCUACCUAUUAAUUUCUUGGGACUUUUGAAUCCCAGGGUAAUAAUUCCUUUGUUAAAAGUCUCAGGUAAUAAUUCCCUGGGGCUUUUUGUUAAUGACUCUUUAGGUAAUAAUUCCUUGGGACUCCACCUAGGGUAAUAAUUCCUUUGUUUAAGACACACAGACAGACAGACAGACACAUACACACACAUACACACACACUACUUAGGUAGUAAUCCCCUGGUACCCGAUCACUAUUUCCUCUUGGUAACUGUUCCCUGGGAAAAGACCCAGGGUAAUAAUUCCUUUGUUCCUGACACCAUUGGGUAAUAAUUCCCUGGAUAAACCCAGGGUAAUAAUUCCUUUGUUUUGGACUCCUGUAGGUGAUAAUUCCCUGGGACUGACAGGGUGAUAAUUCCUUUGGGCUACCUUUAGUUGAUAAUUCCCAGGACCCACCCAGGGUAGAAAUUCUUGUUCAGGGACCCCCUUGGUAACAGUUCCCUUCGAUAGACCUAGGGUAAUAAUUCCUUUGUUCCAGACACCCUUGGGUAAUAAUUCCCCGGAUACACCCAGGGUAAUAAUUCCUUUGUUUAGGACACCUUUAGGUGAUAAUUCCCUGGGACUGAAGCAGGGUGAUAAUUCCUUUGUUUGGGGCCACCUUUGAUUGAUCAUUCCCAGGACCCAACCAGGGUAGUAAUUCUUGUUCAAGGACCCCUUGGUAACACAGUUCCCUGGGAUAGACCCAUGGUAAUAAUUCCUUUGGUGUGGACACCUUUGGGUAAUAAUUCCCUGGACACAACCAGGGUAAAUUGUUUGGGACACCCUUAGUUGAUAAUACCCUGGAACCACUCGUGGUAAUAAUUCCUUUGUUUGUGUCAUCUUUAGGUGAUAGUUCUCUGGGACUGACACAAGGUAAUGAUUUGUUCAGGGCCUUUUUAAUUGUAGGUAAUAAUUCCCUGAAUGCAUCCAUGGUAAUAAUUCCUUUCUUUGGAGCAUUUUAGGUAACAAUUCCAUGGGAUUAACAUGGGAUAGUAAUUCCUUUAAGUUGAUAAUUCCCUGGGACUGACCCAGGGUAAUAAUUCCUUUGUUUAGAACACCAUAAGGUGAUAAUUCUCUGGGACUGACCCAGGGUAAUAAUUCCUUUGU